AUGUUUCCGAGACUGAUGCAGGCUCCCCACGAAGGAAUUGCUGGUCAGGAAGAUAUGCAAGGUCACAGAGGAGACCCUUGCCUCGUUUUAACUUCCGAUCCCAAACCCCGUCUUCGCUGGACUGCUGACCUUCAUGAACGAUUUGUCGAUGCCGUCACUCAGCUUGGCGGUUCAUCUAAAGCUACGCCAAAGGCUAUUAUGCGGACAAUGAAUGUGAAGGGGCUGACCCUUUUUCAUUUGAAGAGUCAUCUGCAGAAAUACAGACUAGGUAAGCAAUCAGGGAAGGAAAUGGGCGAUGUAUCCAAGGAUGCUUCAUACCUUCUAGAAAGCCCUGGUACCGGCAAUUCUUCGCCAAAUUUGCCAACUUCUGAUUUAAAUGAGGGUUAUGAAGUCAAAGAGGCAUUAAGAGCACAGAUGGAAGUGCAAAGUAAAUUACAUGUGCAAGUUGAGGCCGAGAAGCACUUGCAGAUUCGCCAGGAUGCAGAGCGAAGAUAUAUGGCAAUGCUUGAGAGAGCUUGCAAGAUGCUUGCUGAUCAAUUUAUUGGAGGUUCAGUUACUGAUACAGACAGCCAUAAGUGUCAUGGAUUGGGGAAUAAGAACACAAAAGGUCCCUCCCUUGACCCACUUGGCUUCUACUCAUUACAAUCCACAGAUGUGGCUGGAGUUCAUGGUCCAGAAGAAGAAGUGCCGACUAGUAUCCAUACCCAAAGGGCUGAUUGCUCCACUGAAAGCUGCCUCACAUCACAUGAGAGUCCUGGAGGACUGACCUUGGAAGGAUCUCCUGGUGGCGGGAAAAAAAGAAUGUUGAGCUUGGACUCUGCAGCUGCAUCUUUAAUUUGGGGUGAAGCCAAGGUGAGAACCCAAGAGAUUAAUGUAGCCGCAGUCAAUCCUCAUGGUAUUGCUAGGUAUGGUAUGUAG